CUCUGUGAGGAAGGCCCUCGUGGGGUGGGGUCUUAGGGCCGGACAGAGUGAUUGACAGCGCCCGGUAGGCAGGGCGGGGCCGUGACUCUCUGCUCUCCCCACAGAAACGCUAAUGGACUCCACCACCGCGACGGCGGAGCUGGGCUGGAUGGUGCAUCCUCCGUCAGGGUGGGAAGAGGUGAGCGGCUACGAUGAGAACAUGAACACGAUCCGCACGUACCAGGUGUGCAACGUGUUUGAGUCAAGCCAGAACAACUGGCUGCGGACCAAGUUCAUCCGGCGCCGCGGCGCCCACCGCAUCCACGUGGAGAUGAAGUUCUCGGUGCGCGACUGCAGCAGCAUCCCCAGCGUGCCCGGCUCCUGCAAAGAGACCUUCAACCUGUACUACUAUGAGGCUGACUUUGACUCCGCCACCAAGACCUUCCCCAACUGGAUGGAGAAUCCGUGGGUGAAGGUGGACACCAUUGCGGCCGACGAGAGCUUCUCCCAGGUGGACCUGGGGGGCCGCGUCAUGAAGAUCAACACCGAGGUGCGGAGCUUCGGACCGGUGUCCCGCAGCGGCUUUUACCUGGCCUUCCAGGACUAUGGCGGCUGCAUGUCCCUCAUCGCCGUGCGUGUCUUCUACCGCAAGUGCCCCCGCAUCAUCCAGAACGGCGCCAUCUUCCAGGAGACACUGUCCGGGGCUGAGAGCACAUCGCUGGUGGCUGCGCGGGGCAGCUGCAUUGCCAACGCUGAGGAGGUGGACGUGCCCAUCAAGCUCUACUGUAACGGGGACGGCGAGUGGCUGGUGCCCAUUGGGCGCUGCAUGUGCAAAGCGGGCUUCGAGGCCGUGGAGAAUGGCACCGUCUGCCGAGGUUGUCCCUCUGGAACCUUCAAGGCCAACCAAGGGGAUGAGGCCUGCACCCACUGUCCCAUCAACAGCCGGACCACUUCAGAAGGGGCCACCAACUGCGUGUGCCGCAACGGCUACUACAGAGCAGACCUGGACCCGCUGGACAUGCCCUGCACAACCAUCCCGUCCGCACCCCAGGCUGUGAUCUCCAGCGUGAACGAGACCUCCCUCAUGCUCGAGUGGACCCCUCCGCGCGACUCGGGCGGCCGCGAGGACCUGGUCUACAACAUCAUCUGCAAGAGCUGCGGCUCGGGCCGGGGCGCCUGCACCCGCUGCGGGGACAACGUGCAGUACGCGCCGCGCCAGCUGGGCCUGACCGAGCCGCGCAUCUACAUCAGCGACCUGCUGGCGCACACGCAGUACACCUUCGAGAUCCAGGCCGUGAACGGCGUCACCGACCAGAGCCCCUUCUCGCCGCAGUUCGCCUCGGUGAACAUCACCACCAACCAGGCAGCUCCGUCGGCCGUGUCCAUCAUGCAUCAGGUGAGCCGCACGGUGGACAGCAUCACCCUGUCGUGGUCCCAGCCGGACCAGCCCAACGGCGUGAUCCUGGACUACGAGCUGCAGUACUAUGAGAAGCAGGAGCUCAGUGAGUACAACGCCACAGCCAUAAAAAGCCCCACCAACACGGCCACUGUGCAGGGCCUCAAAGCCGGCGCCAUCUAUGUCUUCCAGGUGCGGGCGCGCACCGUGGCGGGCUAUGGGCGCUACAGUGGCAAGAUGUACUUCCAGACCAUGACAGAAGCCGAGUACCAGACAAGCAUCCAGGAGAAGCUGCCACUCAUCAUCGGCUCCUCGGCCGCUGGCCUGGUCUUCCUCAUUGCCGUGGUUGUCAUCGCCAUCGUGUGUAACAGAAGACGGGGGUUCGAGCGUGCCGACUCGGAGUACACGGACAAGCUGCAGCACUACACCAGUGGCCACAUGACCCCAGGCAUGAAGAUCUACAUCGACCCUUUCACCUAUGAAGACCCCAAUGAGGCGGUGCGGGAGUUUGCCAAGGAAAUUGACAUCUCCUGUGUCAAGAUUGAGCAAGUGAUCGGAGCAGGGGAGUUUGGUGAGGUCUGCAGCGGCCACCUGAAGCUGCCAGGCAAGAGAGAGAUCUUCGUGGCCAUCAAGACGCUCAAGUCGGGCUACACCGAGAAGCAGCGCCGGGACUUCCUGAGCGAGGCCUCCAUUAUGGGCCAGUUCGACCACCCGAACGUCAUCCACCUGGAGGGUGUCGUCACCAAGAGCACACCUGUGAUGAUCAUCACUGAGUUCAUGGAGAACGGCUCCCUGGACUCCUUCCUCCGGCAAAACGAUGGGCAGUUCACAGUCAUCCAGCUGGUGGGCAUGCUGCGGGGCAUCGCGGCCGGCAUGAAGUACCUGGCAGACAUGAACUACGUGCACCGCGACCUGGCCGCCCGCAACAUCCUCGUCAACAGCAACCUGGUCUGCAAGGUGUCUGACUUCGGGCUCUCACGCUUUCUGGAGGAUGAUACCUCAGACCCCACUUACACCAGUGCCCUGGUAAGACGGAGGCAGGGACUACAGGAGUCACAGCCCUAGAAAAAAGGACAUAAAUGUCCAUCCAUCCCUCCAGUACAUUGUCACUGACCCCUGCUUGUGCCAAGCACCAUGCUGGGCCCUGGAGACACAGAGAGACAUCCUGCCCUCUCGGAGCUCCCAGGCUGGUGGGGAACACGGAAGUACGGGAGUGACGGGGCAAUGAGCCAGGGCAGCCAGCCUUGGAGGCAGAAGGCGGCUGGCCAGAGCGGGUGACACCUGAGCCGAGAGCCGAAGGGCCAGUAAAAGUGUCUCAGAUGCCGUGUUCUCGGGGCAGGUCCCGUGCCUGGGUUCAAGCUGUAAGGGGGAGGCGGUGAGCACCUGUGCUGGAGAGGUGGGCAGGGCCAGAUCUUAGAGGGCCUUGAACGCCCACACUCACUCCUGAAAACAGUUUCGGUUGUUGAAGGGUUUUAAAUGGAAAGAAAUAAAACACAAAGAGCUGAGAGCCGCUGCUGGGGGGGGGGGGGGGGCUGCAGCCUUGGGGAGCCUGUGGGCUUCUAGAUCCUUAAGUGCGGCCUUUUGACUGAAUCCAAAUUUUAAAGAACAAUCCUUUUAUUAAAAGGGGUGCGGCAGAGGAAGAUGAAGCUUUUCUUGCCCCCUUCAGCACUUAACAAAGAACAAUUCUGAAAUCAGAAGGCCACAGGUUCCCCACAGGCAAUUAGUUUCAGAGCUGUGCCGUAUGAGACAAGCCUUGA